AGUAGACACUGCCUCUGAGGACAGGCAGUCCCGGUGGCGUGAGAGAAGAGACCGGGCUGCUGCUGCGGCUGUCGUUUUUCAAGUGCAGAUUCCCAGUAAUGACGAGAGAUUUCAGUAAUUGCAGCGCAAUCCACCACCUCCCUUGAUGCCUUGGCAUCGAUGAAACAUUCCUGGGAGUGAACGCUGUCCAGGUGAGAAAUGAAUGUGAAAGCAGCGAGCAAACACUUUCUGUCAUAUCACACCGGCAUCAAAGGUCACUCUGAACCACCUCCGACUAACUUUAUCUAAUUAAUCCAUCUGAGAGGCUUCCCUCUGAGCCAAUAGGCCCUCCCAGCUGUCAGCUAAACACUGGAUUGGACGUUGAUAAGCGGUGCUGUUCCGCGACGCAGCAUUUCAACUUUGUCCCCUUUAAAGAGUCUCCGUCAGCUCUCCUACACACGCUGCGGCCACAGAGGAGCGUAUUGAUCUGAUUGUUGCGCUUUCUCCCUCCUCCGCCGGAUAGUUUCAUUGAAAUUUCAUCAGCUGCUUUGCUGGCAGGAUAAUGACGCUGACAGCGGACAUGGAGCACGGAGGACUGGGCACCUUUAACCUUCUCGGGAGCACAGAGGAAUCAGCUGGCUGCUACAGUAACCAUCCGUGGACACCUAAUGAUACUCCGAGCCCUCAGAGCAGUGGUGCUGAUGACUUCUUAGACGCUCUGCUCCACGACCCGUCCUCUGUGCCAGCUUCCCCCCUGUGGUCACCCUGCAUCACUGACAAGGGUGUUAACGAGGACCCCCUGGCAGAGCUCGCAGAAAGCCCCCAUCCAAUCUCCUGCACAGCGUUCUCUGCCUUUGACAUACAGGUUUUCCCACAGCCUCCCGAUCUGGAGAACCCGACCGCGGCAGCAGAGAAGCUGCCCGACGUGUCCAUUGAUUUAGGGUGGGAGUCUGAGGGCUGCCACAAAGAGUUUGGCAUUACAUACUACCUUUCCAACAGCCAAGCCCCGCUGCUGCAACCCAGCUGUGCGCUCACGGUGAAGGACUUGCUUUUAUCCAACCUGGGACAGAACGUGCAGCGAAUCUCUCAGCGUUCCUUGCAGGAGCUUGUGCUUAAUGAGGAUGAGAAGAAACUUUUAGCUAAAGAGGGUGUAAAUUUGCCCUGCAAACUGCCCCUGUCAAAGUUUGAGGAGAGGAUUUUGAAGAAGAUCCGGCGGAAAAUCCGCAACAAGCGCUCGGCUCAAGAAAGUCGGAAGAAGAAGAGGGAAUAUGUUGACAGCCUGGAAGGGAGGAUGGCGGCGUGCAGUGCCCAAAACCUCGAGCUUCAGAGGAAAAUCCAGACGCUGGAAGAGACUAACAAUGCUCUGCUGGAGCAGCUAAGCCGGCUACAGGCUCUCUUGCCUAAUAGCUGCUGCAAAACAACAAACAGAGGAACCUGCAUCCUGGUUUUGCUCCUCUCCUUCUCUCUGCUCAUUUCCUCAAACAUUCAGCCAAACCCUUACAGCCAACGCAGCUACGCAGAAUACACAGAGACCACAGUGUCGUCGCGCUCCCUGCAGUCGACGGACGAGGCGGGGAAUGCCCGUCCUCUGCCACCCCCGCUUCCCUCCUCCUCCUGGGGCUUUGAGGACCUGCGAGGCCUGAAGGAGAGGCUCUGGGCCCAGACGGACCUCCCCACGGUACGCCUCGGGUCUCCUCACCGACAGGAACACAGAAACAGAGAUGAUUACGGAUCUUGGCGGAGCAGAAACAUGUAGCAACAGGACUUGCUUGCAAGUGCAUUGCUACAGCGAGCACCGUAAUUAUUUUUCAGCAUCUGAAAAAAAAAAAAAU